CUCGUUCCCAAAGCUAGCUCUCCUACACAGUUGAACCAGACUGAAGCCGGUACGAACAAAUGGAAGGAUGCUUCGGCUUUCCUAAUGUCAAAUUUUGGCAUCCUUGCACGAAUUCUCAGGUACCAUGUUAUCCCGCGAUAAUGAGCAGUCUCACGUCGACCCCGGCUUAGAUUGCGUGCUCCCACAUGACGCAGGUGUCAGGUCCUACAUAAACCCAGGGCCUCUUCGUCUGCGCUCUGUCCUUGUCGUGCGCGAUCCAUCCAUCAACAGUGAAAGCUUUUCUUUGCUGCCCCUUGAAGCUCAUCGAGAAUGCCUAGCGUCACUCAACUGGGAAUUCCUCACUAUGUUCCUGCACCUCCUACAAAGGCCGAUCUCGAUUAUGCAGAUCUUGCUGUCAUCGACUUGUCAAAGACAGACACUGUCGAGGGGCGCGCCCAGCUUGCUACACAAGUUCGUGACGCCAUGACUGGACAGGGGUUCUUUUAUGUUAUAAAUCACGGUUAUACGGCACCUCAAGCCGAGCGGAUAUUUGAUGUUGCGGACAUACCAUUCGCGGGCGUGUCGGAUGAGGAAAAGCGAACCUACGCAGGAAACAUCAAGGCCACGGGAUCCUAUCAAGGGUACAAACUACGUCAAUACUGGCACAUCGAUGGUGGUGUGCACGAUCAGGUCGAACAUUACAACAUUCAUCGUGAUGUCACCAAGAAACAGCACCCGAAGGAGCUUCGUCCGCUUCUGCCCGAGAUCGAAGCCUUCGCACGCUUCAAUCACCUGAAUGUGCUACACCCAAUCCUACAGCUACUUGCCCUUGGCCUAGAACUUCCGGAGGAUACAUUUGUCGAUAAUCACGGUUACAGCGCCGUCAAUGAGACUUACAUUCGCUUUAUGAAAUACUACCCUCGAUCAGAGGAUGAAGAGACGAAGACCAGGAAUGUAUGGCUUAAAGGGCAUACAGACUUCGGAAGCGUUACAAUACUUUGGAGCCAACCUGUCGCGGCACUACAGAUUCUGUCUCCGGAUGGCGGAUGGCGGUGGAUCAAGCACAUUGAUAACGCACUCGUGGUCAACCUAGGAGACGCCAUGGAAUUCCUCUCAGGGGGCUUCUACAAAGCUACGAUUCAUCGAGUAGUGCAGCCGCCCGAAGACCAGCGCGGUUACACGCGCUUAGGUGUCUUCCUUUUCGCCUCGCCGGACGAUGCCGUCAAACUUAAGCACGGUAUCGUACGACGCUGUGACGAUGCCGAUGCUCCUACCAUGGAGCAAUGGCGACGAGCGCGAACGAGCGCGUAUGGCCAGACAGAGCUCAAGAAGAAAGAUGACGGGCGCGUGGAGGAAGAGGUUAUCAACGGGGUUGUGGUAAAACACUACAACUAG